AUGGGGCCCCCGGGCAAUAGGGGAUCAUGGGGCCCCUGUGUCCUUGCCCAAACUCAAAAAAGCCUAUGAAAAAGGUACCAGGGGCAUCUCAUGUGGACCCUACUGACCCCGGGCCCUCAGGCAAGUGUAAAGCCCUGUACACACAGGCCGAAUAUCAGCCAGGACAUUCGGCCCAUGUGCAGGAGCGGACUGACAACUCAUGGGGCCCCUGGGCAAUAGGGGAUCAUGGGGCCCCUGUGUCCUUGCUCAAACUCAAAAAAGCCUAUGAAAAAGGUACCAGGGGCAUCUUAUGGGGCCCCCUACUGACCCCGGGCCCCCAGGCAGUGCUCGAGUUUCCAAAUGGUCAGUCCGCCCCUGCC